CAUGAACGUGGACGCCGAGCUGCUGUGGCCGGGGGCGGCCCUGCUGCUGCUUCUGGGGACGGUGGCCAGCCUGUGCGUGCGCUGCUCCCGCCCAGUGGUGAAGAAGUCUGAGAAGAUCUACGAGCAGAGGAGCCUGCCCAGCUCCCGUGGGAAGCCACGCCUGACUCUCUCCUGUGGAGUUACGACAGCCCUCCUAAAUCAGGUCACCCUGACCCCUCAGCCUUCCAGGAGCUCCUGGAAGCCUGGGCCAGAUACCCAUUCCGGUCCAGAGGAGGAGCCCCAAAGGCUUUAAUGUUUAGCCAACCUGCCCUCCCACCCUUAGUGGUGGCUUCUGCUCUCCAGGGAGCUUCAUGGUCCAAAAUGGCAGCCAGAGCUCCAGCCCUCAUCUCUGUGUUCCAGGCAGUAGUAAGAAUGAAGCACCAGGAUAAAAAGGGUGCACCCCUGUUGGCAGUGCCUCCUUUAAAGGCGUUUUCCUGGAGGUCCCAACAACCUUGGCUUGCGUCUCAUUGACUAGGGCUUAAUCACAGGGCCGUGCUUAGGCACGAGAGAGACUGGGAAAUACAGUCUUUUAGAUGGGCCUCCAUAAAAAUCAGAGACCCGUUUCAAAAAAAGAAGACACGGGGGUGAUGGCUGGACACCUCGCUGUGUCUGGCUUUGAAGUUACCUCACCAGGUAUUUGGGAGCAAAUGGUGGGUUGGAACAUCUCAAAAGGGACUGAAGUUACCGCCGGUUGAGAUCUCUGAAGAGCCACCUGACCCUCACCGGAGAAUCUCGGGGCCGCCUCCCCAGCCCCCGCCCACAGACCCUCCUGACCAUCUCCGGGGUUCCUGGGGAGGCUGUGGAGACAGCUGGCUCCAGCCUGGGGCCGUGCGAGAAGGGUGGACACCCGGCGGGCAGGGUUGGGGAGCAGUCCGGAGAAUGGGGCAUCAGGGAGCCCUGGAUCACUCUCACCCUGGUCUGUCCCUGCCCUCUCCGUUCCUCGCCCCUGUCUGUCCAUCUCUCCUGUCUCUCUGUCCCUUGGGCUGUGGGAGGCCAUGCGCUGGCUCAGCACAGCUCCGUGUGUUUCCAGGGAAGAGAAUGCACAGAACUUUGCGGUGGCCCGGACCUAUUCCUUGGUCAGGCAGGCCUGGCCAGGGCCCCUGCUGGACACAGCCUCUGACGUGGCACCAACAAGGAAGGACAAGCUUCUGCGGUUCUCCCCCAGCGUCGAGGAUUCUGCGUCCUCUAGGUACCUGGAGAACUUCAGCAAAGGAAGCAGACGAGGAUCUGAUGGAGCCUUCAUAGACCCCAUUGCCACGCACUAUUACAACUGGGGGCAGUUCCAGAAGCCCUUGGAAGACGAUGAUGAUGCCAAUUCGUACGAGAACGUGCUCAUCUGCAAGCGGAAGGACACUGAGUCAGGGGACGAAGGAUCUGAGGACUAUCAGAACUCAGCUUCCAUCCGGCAGUGGCGGGAGUCCAGGAGGGUGGUGGAGCAAGGCCUGAGGGAGGUGUCCCCGUCGCUGGCAGGAAGCCCGGACGAGGAGCCCGAUUACGUGAACGAGAGCGUGGCAGCCACAGAAGUCUAGCGAGGGCCUGGAAGGAGCCGAGGGGACCACCAAGCUCAGAGGACUAUUUACCGCCUCCCCAAAGGUCACUUCUCUGACUUGCUCAACCGCUAGACCCCCCACGGUUACUCCUGGGAGACGCGCUGACACGUCUGAGGACCAGCCACCAGGCCGCGGGGGACCGGUGGGGAAAGGACAGUUACAGGUGGAAUCACCCCCUAGCCCCCCGCCCGGCUCCCACGGGAGCCCAGAGCCCCUGCCGCGAUCGGAUGUCAAGAUUCAGGGCAAGUUGCAUCCCUGUCCCCACGUCUAGAACAUCGUGCAUCACUGGUACUCCUGUGCUUUUUGCUUUGGAUUCAGGUUCCAAAGUGCUAACCAAUGCCGGCUGCUGGGCUCUUCCUCGGGGUCCAUAAGCUUGUACAGUUAAUUUAUAUAGGUGGAGCCGUAUUUAAUAAUCCACAUCUCCAGGCAGAGAUCCGAUCUGUCUCGCCUCCUAGAAGCAUUACAUGUAAUUUCAGCAGAGUUAGGGGAGCCCCGACGCUCCUUUCUUUGGGCCUCGGUUCACUUGGAAGAAGUCAGGCUGCAGGGAACUUCACGCAGCCAGUGGGGACGUCUGCUGUGGACAGAGCGCGUCACGUUUCCGAAGGAGCGGAGCCGCGCGGCCGAGCUGAUUGGGCAGAAACACAGCUGUCUCAUGGGAAGGGCAGGGGCCCAAAGGGACCUUCUGAGUCAGAAAAGCCACAGCCAGAGAAACGAGAUGCUUCCUUCAACUGAAACAUCCCAAUAGACCAUUUUCAUUUAAAAGUA